AUGCUGCCAUGUCUUCGCGGACAAAUCUGGACGCUGAGUUUUCCUCUAGUUUGCUUAGCCACCAUCAGCGAUUUCGCGUUCACAGACCUGAAUCCUACGCCUUAUCUGCUUAAUGGUACAGCCACAUGGACACCCCCGGCAGACACGUCGCUGUAUCUCGACUACCGCGUCUGGCUGCUCACAAGAAAGGAGUACUCUUUUUCGGUAGACGAGAUUUACUUCAGCGGCAGCCAAGUGGAUUUAGUGCCGCUAGGGACGAAUUCGUUGACCUUCUCAAGAAGCCGGGACACAGAGACCACCUUUGGCUACGCACAGUACAUUGCGGUGAUCCCGAACCGGCAGGACGGUGACAGGACUGCUGCAUUCAAUCAGGCCGAUGUUAUUGGCUUGGUGGAUUAUGUGCAAAGCCUGGGCGCAUUACAGGUGGAGUCGGUGGCUUUCAGCGACUCGGAUAGUGUCGCCACCUACGUGGAGGGGCCCGUGACUUGGGCAAGGCAGGAUACCGACUACGGUUUCGUCGAGACCUUUGCCGUCUACUUGGCUGAUGAUGCUUCUGGAACCAACGAAGUCUUCGUGGCUUCCACCGCUUCCGGCAACGCAGGACUCACGAUUCCUGCUGGGACUCUAGCAGAUGGGCGGUCCUAUGUGCUCGUCUACUGCGAGAACUCCAUGGGCCGGGCAACAUCAGCUGCUUCCGUGCUCUUCACGGACUCGGCUUUGAGCCUGCCCUCUACGACCACGAGCCUGACAGCCACGACGACAACUUCAGCAAGCUUCACUUCUACUUGGACCAGUUCGUCUUCGUCGUCAUCUUCUUCCAUCACGGGCACAAGCAGCAGUACAGCUCCAACGUCGACUGUCACCACCAGUGCGUCCAGCACCAGCACAAGUACAUCACAGUCAGCCACAACCACUUCGAAAUCCCUGACGUCGACGUCACUUACCGCGAGCACAACCUCCAACUCUAUUUCGUCGACUUGGACCAGUACCUUUUCAACAACUUCAACGAUCACUUCCACUUCCGUGAGCAUGAGUACGACCACUUCGUCCCAAAGCUGGACCACAACGACCAACUCUGUUUCGUCCACUUUAAGCAGCACUUCUUCAGCAACUUCAACAGUCAGUUCCACCACCACUCUGAGCAGCAAUACAACGACCUCGUCCCGCAGCCGGACCACAACUACAAACUCUGUUUCUUCAACUUGGAGUGGUACCCCCACAGAAACUUCAACGAUCAGUUCCAUCUCGCUAAGCAGUACUACAAUCACUUCUACCUACUCCGUUUCAUCAACUUCAAGCGCUACCUCUUCAGCGAGUUCAACAGUCAGUUCCACCUUCUUGAGCAGCACCACAACGUCCUCGUCCCACAGCCAGACCACUACAAACCAUGUUUCGUCAACUUUGAGCAGCACUUCUUCGUCAGCCAGUGUCACAUCCACAAGAAGAAGUACAUCUACUUCCUCCCAUAGCGUGACCACAACGACCAACUCUGCUUCGUCAACUUUGAGUGGUACCUCUUCAGAAACUUCCACCGUCAGUUCCUCCACCAUGAGCAGCAUCACAACGACCUCGUCCCGCAGCCGGACCACAACGACGACAGGUGCAGGCGCAGCAUCCACAUCCACUAUAUCGGCAAGUACCAUCACAUCUUCGACCACGGACACUUCCACCCUAAGCAAAAGUCCUACAACUACUUCGGCCUCCUCGACACUCACAGAGACAAUCACAAGCAGUGUCUCAAGGACAGCCACUUCCACUACCACAAGCCACUCCUCGACCGCGACCCCGGGCACGUCUACAUCAUUCAGCACAGCCACUUCAGCAACUUCUUCAACCACGGAGGCGUCCACAACUCGAGCCACCACCACAGCAUCCACUACCUCAGGCACCAGAACGACGUCAGAGACAUCCAGCUCUACCACAGUUUCUGCGACGUCACUCGCUGGAACCACCGCCACAGCAACAUCCACAACUGGAGCAGCCUCUUCUACAAGCAGCACAACCGCUUCACGGACGACCACGUCAAGAACUGCCACGGUGACUACGCUGUCUGGUACGACCUCGGCAAGCACACGCUCGUCCACCACAAGCUUGGCCACUUCCACAUCAAGUAGUCCAACCAGCACGCCAAUCUCCACAAGCACUUCCACCUGGACAAUAUCACAAACAUCUACUCAUUCUUUUGCUUCGUCUUCGAGCUCUACAUCCACGGCUUCUUCGAGAAGUUCCACUUCGUCGUCUAUAACUUUCACAUCGAGUCUUCAAGUAACAUCUAGCAGCAUGACAAGCACCACGAGCAGCACCACGACAGAACCGUCCACUGUUGUCAGCAGCAUGUAUUUCACAGACCUCGAUCCGGCAGCAUACCAGCUGAAUGGCACUGUGACCUGGAUACCACCUGCUGACACGUCGCAGUAUCUCCAUUUCGGUGUGUGGCUUCUGACCAGAAAGGAGUACUCCUCGUCGGUUUUUGAGGUUCUUUUGACUGGUAGUCAAGUGAACGACCCCACGACUUCAGACGGAAAUGUGCCGCUCGGCACAAACCAAUUGUCCUUCGCUGAGACACGCGAUCUUGGGUCCAACGGAUAUGCUCAGUACCUUGCGGUGAUUCCCAACCGGAUGGACAACGACUACGUUGCGGCGUACAGUGAGGCAGGUUUUCUGAGCAUCGUAGACCUGCCGCUCACGAGCUUGGGAGCAUUGGAAGUUCAGUCGGUUGCUUUCUCGGACGAGGACAGCGUGGCGACAUACGUCAAAGGAACAGUCACAUGGACUCGGCAAGACAACGUGGACUACGGCUUCGUGGAGGCUUUCGCGGUGUACUUGGCGGAUGAUGCGUCUGGAAGCAAUGAGGUGUUCGUGGCCUCCACCAGCUCCAGCCAUUCACAGCUGACCGUUCCAGAAGGGACGCUUGCUGGUGACCGGUCGUUCGUGCUUGUCUACUGCGAGAAUGCCCUCGGCCGUGCCACAUCAGCUGCAAGCGUCGCUUUCUCCGACUGGGCUCUCAGCUUGCCAUCCACGACGAGAACUCUUUCAACUUCAACAACGACAUCAAGCAGCUUCACAACCACAACGCACAGUAGCACACAGACAUCCGUGACAUCCACCACCAGUAGUACGGUCACAAUCACACUGACCGAUCGACUGAGAGCUGUGGGUGCUCCGUCCUUCACAGACCACGACCCCGCAGUCUACCAGCUGAAUGGAACUGUGAGCUGGAUACCACCUGCCGACACAUCGCCGUAUCUUCACUAUGGUGUGUGGCUUCUGACCAGACAGGACUAUUCGACAUCCGUGUUUGAGGUUCUUUCGACUGGUAGCCAGGUGGAUGACCCUACGACUCCAGACGGAAAUGUGGCGCUGGGAACGAACCAACUGGCUUUUGCCCAGUCACGCGAUCUAGGGUCUAACGGGUACGCCCAGUUCCUUGCCGUGAUUCCCAACCGUGUGGACAAUGACCUUGCUGCAUCGUACAGCCAGGCUGGCUUUGUGAGCAUCGUGGACUUGCCACUUCUGAGCUUGGGAGCAUUGGAAGUGCAGUCGGUUUCUUUCUCGGACGAGGACAGCGUGGCAACGUAUGUCAAAGGAACAGUCACGUGGACUCGGCAAGAUAACCUGGACUACGGCUCCGUGGAGGCUUUCGCUGUGUACUUGGCGGAUGAUGCGUUUGGAAGCAAUGAGGUGUUCGUGGCCUCCACCAGCUCCAGCCAUUCGCAGCUCACCGUUCCAGCAGGGACACUGGCUGGUGACCGGUCGUUCGUGCUUGUCUACUGCGAGAAUGCGCUCGGCCGUGCCACUUCGGCCGCCAGCAUCGCUUUCUCCGACUGGGCUCUCAGCAUGCCGUCCGCGACAAGAACGAUCUCAACUUCAACAACGACUUCAAGCGAUUCCACUUCUGCAACAGAGAGAAUCAAUGGCAGUAGCACAACAACACUGUCGGCCUCACGUACAUCCGUGACAUCAACCACCAGCAGCACGGUCACCUUCACACUGACCGAUCGACUGAGAGCUGUGGGUACUCCGUCCUUCACAGACCACGACCCCGCUGUCUACCAGCUAAAUGGCACUGUGAGCUGGAUACCACCUGCCGACACAUCGCCGUAUCUUCACUACGGUGUGUGGCUUCUGACCAGACAGGACUAUUCGACAUCCGUGUUUGAGGUUCUUUCGACUGGUAGCCAGGUGGAUGACCCCACGACUCCAGACGGAAAUGUGCCGCUGGGAACGAACCAACUGGCUUUUGCCCAGUCACGCGAUCUAGGGUCUACCGGGUACGCUCAGUUCCUUGCCGUGAUUCCCAACCGUGUGGACAAUGACCUUGCUGCAUCGUACAGCCAGGCUGGCUUUGUGAGCAUCGUGGAUUUGCCACUUCUGAAUUUGGGAGCAUUGGAAGUUCAGUCGGUUUCCUUCUCAGACGAGGACAGCGUCGCAACAUACGUCAAAGGAACAGUCACGUGGACUCGGCAAGACAUCGUGGACUACGGCUCCGUGGAGGCAUUUGUGGUGUACUUGGCGGAUGAUGCGUCUGGAAACAAUGAGGUGUUCGUGGCCUCCACCAGCUCCAGCCAUUCGCAGCUCACCGUUCCAGCAGGGACACUGGCUGAUGGUAGGUCUUUUGUGCUUGUCUAUUGCGAGAAUGCGCUCGGCCGUGCCACUUCGGCCGCCAGCAUUGCUUUCUCCGACUGGGCCCUCAGCAUGCCGUCCACGACAAGUACAUUGACGACUGCAGUGGCCACUAGCAGCACGGUCACAUUCACACUGACCGAUCGACUGAGAGCUGUGGGUGCUCCGUCCUUCACAGACCACGACCCCGCUGUCUACCAGCUGAAUGGCACUGUGAGCUGGGUACCACCUGCAGACACAUCGCCGUAUCUUCACUAUGGUGUGUGGCUUCUGACCAGACAGGACUAUUCGACAUCCGUGUUUGAGGUUCUUUUGACUGGUGUCCAGGUGGAUGACCCCACGACUCCAGAGGGAAAUGUGCCGCUGGGAACGAACCAGCUGGCCUUUGCACAAUCACGCGAUCUACGGUCUAAUGGGUAUGCCCAGUACCUGGCCGUGAUUCCCAACCGUGUGGACAAUGACCUUGCUGCAUCGUACAGCCAGGCUGGCUUUGUGAGCAUCGUGGACUUGCCACUUCUGAAUUUGGGAGCAUUGGAAGUUCAGUCGGUUUCCUUCUCAGACGAGGACAGCGUCGCAACGUACGUCAAAGGAACAGUCACGUGGACUCGGCAAGAUAACGUGGACUAUGGCUUCGUGGAGGCAUUUGCGGUGUACUUGGCGGAUGAUGCAUCUGGAAGCAAUGAGGUGUUCGUGGCCUCCACCAGCUCCAGCCAUUCGCAGCUCACCGUUCCAGCAGGGACACUGGCUGAUGGUAGGUCUUUUGUGCUUGUCUACUGCGAGAAUGCGCUCGGCCGUGCCACUUCGGCCGCCAGCAUUGCUUUCUCCGACUGGGCCCUCAGCAUGCCGUCCACGACAAGUACAUUGACGACUGCAGUGGCCACUAGCAGCACGGUCACAUUCACACUGACCGAUCGACUGAGAGCUGUGGGUGCUCCGUCCUUCACAGACCACGACCCCGCUGUCUACCAGCUGAAUGGCACUGUGAGCUGGGUACCACCUGCAGACACAUCGCCGUAUCUUCACUAUGGUGUGUGGCUUCUGACCAGACAGGACUAUUCGACAUCCGUGUUUGAGGUUCUUUUGACUGGUGUCCAGGUGGAUGACCCCACGACUCCAGAGGGAAAUGUGCCGCUGGGAACGAACCAGCUGGCCUUUGCGCAAUCACGCGAUCUACGGUCUAAUGGGUAUGCCCAGUACCUGGCCGUGAUUCCCAACCGUGUGGACAAUGACCUUGCUGCAUCGUACAGCCAGGCUGGCUUUGUGAGCAUCGUGGACUUGCCACUUCUGAAUUUGGGAGCAUUGGAAGUUCAGUCGGUUUCCUUCUCAGACGAGGACAGCGUGGCAACGUAUGUCAAAGGAACAGUCACGUGGACUCGGCAAGAUAACGUGGACUAUGGCUUCGUGGAGGCAUUCGCGGUGUACAUGGCGGACGAUGCUUCUGGAAGCAACGAGGUGUUCGUGGCCUCCACCAGUUCCAGCCAUUCGCAGCUCACUGUUCCAGCAGGGACACUGGCUGGUGGUAGGUCUUUUGUGCUUGUCUACUGCGAGAAUGCGCUCGGCCGUGCCACUUCGGCCGCCAGCGUCGCUUUCUCCGACUGGGCUCUCAGCCUGCCGUCCACGACAAGUACAUUGACGACUGCAAUGGCCACUAGCAGCACGGUCACAUUCACACUGACCGAUCGACUGAGAACUGUGGGUACUCCGUCCUUCACAGACCACGACCCCGCUGUCUACCAGCUGAAUGGCACAGUGAGCUGGAUACCACCUGCCGACACAUCGCCGUAUCUUGACUAUGGUGUGUGGCUUCUGACCAGACAGGACUAUUCGACAUCCGUGUUUGAGGUUCUUUCGACUGGUAGCCAGGUGGAUGACCCCACGACUCCAGACGGAAAUGUGCCGCUGGGAACGAACCAGUUGGCCUUUGCCGGAUCACGCGAUCUAGGGUCUAAUGGGUACGCCCAGUACCUGGCCGUGAUUCCCAACCGUGUGGACAAUGACCUUGCUGCAUCGUACAGCCAGGCUGGCUUUGUGAGCAUCGUGGACUUGCCACUUCUGAAUUUGGGAGCAUUGGAAGUUCAGUCGGUUUCCUUCUCAGACGAGGACAGUGUGGCAACGUAUGUCAAAGGAACAGUCACGUGGACUCGGCAAGAUAACGUGGACUAUGGCUUCGUGGAGGCAUUCGCGGUGUACAUGGCGGACGAUGCUUCUGGAAGCAACGAGGUGUUCGUGGCCUCCACCAGCUCCAGCCAUUCGCAGCUCAUUGUUCCAGCAGGGACACUGGCUGGUGGUAGGUCUUUUGUGCUUGUCUACUGCGAGAAUGCGCUCGGCCGUGCCACUUCGGCCGCCAGCGUCGCUUUCUCCGACUGGGCUCUCAGCAUGCCGUCCACGACAAGUACAUUGACGACUGCAAUGGCCACCAGCAGCACGGUCACAUUCACACUGACCGAUCGACUGAGAGCUGUGGGUGCUCCGUCCUUCACAGACCACGACCCCGCAGUCUACCAGCUGAAUGGCACAGUGAGCUGGAUACCACCUGCCGACACAUCGCCGUAUCUUCACUACGGUGUGUGGCUUCUGACCAGACAGGACUAUUCGACAUCCGUGUUUGAGGUUCUUUCGACUGGUAGCCAGGUGGAUGACCCCACGACUCCAGACGGAAAUGUGCCGCUGGGAACGAACCAACUGGCUUUUGCCGGAUCACGCGAUCUAGGGUCUAACGGGUACGCCCAGUUCCUUGCCGUGAUUCCCAACCGUGUGGACAAUGACCUUGCUGCAUCGUACAGCCAGGCUGGCUUUGUGAGCAUCGUGGACUUGCCACUUCUGAAUUUGGGAGCAUUGGAAGUUCAGUCGGUUUCUUUCUCGGACGAGGACAGCGUGGCAACGUAUGUCAAAGGAACAGUCACGUGGACUCGGCAAGAUAACGUGGACUAUGGCUUCGUGGAGGCAUUCGCGGUGUACAUGGCGGACGAUGCUUCUGGAAGCAACGAGGUGUUCGUGGCCUCCACCAGUUCCAGCCAUUCGCAGCUCACUGUUCCAGCAGGGACACUGGCUGGUGGCAGGUCUUUUGUGCUUGUCUACUGCGAGAAUGCGCUCGGCCGUGCCACUUCGGCCGCCAGCGUCGCUUUCUCCGACUGGGCUCUCAGCAUGCCGUCCACGACAAGUACCUUGACGACUGCAAUGGCCACCAGCAGCACGGUCACAUUCACACUGACCGAUCGACUGAGAACUGUGGGUACUCCGUCCUUCACAGACCACGACCCCGCAGUCUACCAGCUGAAUGGCACAGUGAGCUGGGUACCACCUGCCGACACAUCGCCGUAUCUUCACUAUGGUGUGUGGCUUCUGACCAGACAGGACUAUUCGACAUCCGUGUUUGAGGUUCUUUCGACUGGUAGCCAGGUGGAUGACCCCACGACUCCAGACGGAAAUGUGCCGCUGGGAACGAACCAACUGGCUUUUGCCGGAUCACGCGAUCUAGGGUCUAACGGGUACGCCCAGUUCCUUGCCGUGAUUCCCAACCGUGUGGACAAUGACCUUGCUGCAUCGUACAGCCAGGCUGGCUUUGUGAGCAUCGUGGACUUGCCACUUCUGAGUUUGGGAGCAUUGGAAGUUCAGUCGGUUUCCUUCUCAGACGAGGACAGCGUCGCAACAUACGUCAAAGGAACAGUCACGUGGACUCGGCAAGUUAACGUGGACUAUGGCUUCGUGGAGGCCUUUGCAGUGUACAUGGCGGAUGAUGCGUCUGGAAGCAAUGAGGUGUUCGUGGCCUCCACCAGCUCCAGCCAUUCGCAGCUGACCGUUCCAGCAGGGACGCUGGCUGGUGGUAGGUCUUUUGUGCUUGUCUACUGCGAGAAUGCGCUCGGCCGUGCCACAUCAGCCGCCAGCACCGCAUUCUCCGACUGGGCUCUCAGCGUGCUGUCCACGACCACGACCUUGACCAGGACAUCGAUCGCGACUGAACGCACCUCCUCUUCCUCCGAGCUGAUGGUUUCCACUCCUGUCAAUCAAGGAGAAGACGAUGGACAGAUGGCUGCAGCUGCCGGCGUGGCUGUCGCUCUGAUGGGUGUCGUGGGCUUCGUGGCCGGCGUGCUUUGCCUGCUACCUGCCUGUGGAGUGGCCUACGGCAUGAAGGAAGGCCGUGCUGCCACGCGGGCACCGCGCGUCGGCGCUUCCUCGGCGCCCAAGGUCGGCGAGGCCUUCAGCGAACGUUCGUCAGAGGAGCAGGGCAGGCUUUUUCCUUCGAACUUGCGCGGCGGCAGGGCCUUGAGAACCUUGCGGCGGGCAAUGACCCAGUCCCAGCGCACGCAGCAACGACUGGAUCUCCGACACGUGGACAGCCUGGCGACGUUCCUGCCACACACACAGCCUGCGCCGUCCGCGCAUCCUGCACAGCCGGAAGCUGAGCCGGAAGUCGCAAGCACGGAGGUCACGGAGGUCACGGAGGCCUGGAGCAGCUGGGCCCUUCGGAACACGGCCCGACACCGGGAGCCCUGGCGGCCAGGGCUUCAGGGUUUGCAGAGGCCCAAUGGCCGCAACCUGCCGGGUGUGGUGGCCGCAUGUGAGCUGGAGAUGGAUCUGGUGGACGUGUAG